UCCGUGCACAGACAGCUUUGGUUGGCGUUCGCUUCUCGUGUCGGCGCUUUACAGACAAAAGCAAGAAAGGAGUGAGAGAAAAGACAAGCCGUGGUCCAUUGUGAACACCCGAUUUUUCCUCAAUGGCACAUUGAAGUGGGAAGGUGAAAUGUGACAAGUCGGAGCUCCAAACCCUUAGAGAGGGAGCGCAUGAACACCGCCUGAGAAUGAGAAAGAAGCAGCAGUCUGUGAGGUCCUUCAGUUCUUUUGCCACACAGAACUUCUCAUAACUUUUCACACUCCUGCAGGUCGUCGUAAUCCUGAAGGUCCAUCAGCACAGUAUCAUAAACUGAGAGGUGUUAGACUGAACAUCCAGAAGAGUCAGGUGCAAGAGAAGUAGUGAAGUGUUAGGACUUCGUCUUGAAUAUGACAGGAGGGAUGCCAAGCAGGUCAGUUAACAUGAUUAAAAGAAGCCUCCUUCCCAGUUCACAUGUCCAUGCAGUGAGGUGUUUAAUGGCUUCCAGGCUCAGUCUUCCCAUGUGAGAAGGGAAACUUAGAGGAGAAAAACAGACGCUUAAGGGGAGAGAGAAGAGUUUUACAUGGAACAAUGGCCUCAGGCAAAGAGAACGACAUGAAUGAAAAGCUGGCACACAUAAAACAAGAGAUCUGUGAUUGGACUGCGCCGGAGGAUUUGUAUGUGAAGCUGGAUGAUCACGAAAGAAGAAUGUCAGCCAUUAAAGAGGAGGAGUGCAAGGGGGAGAUUGUUGAAGUUAAAGUGGAGGAUUCGGAAGAUUUCUCAGUUAGCCUUGAACUGCAAAACCCUGAAAGUGCGACUGUUUUUAAACAAGAGAUUUGUGAAGACACUCAGCCCUGGGUCACGAAUACACAACUCCGUAUCCAGCAGAAUUGUGUGGAGGUGAAAUCGGAGUUUUCCGUGUCUAAAGAGAAAAUGAAUGAAGGAGAUGGGAGAGAAGUAGAGGAGCAGUCGUCUGAGAGUGCUGGAAUAAAUUUCCAGGAGAACAUCAGCUGUUCUACAUUACCAUUUGCUCAAACGUCUCUUCAGUGCAGAUUGCAACAAAACAAGGACAAGGUGAACAAAUCAACAAAAGGAUUAGAGAAUUUGACCUUGGCCUCUUUCCAGUGCCAUUAUCUUCCUGCUGCCAAUCGGACACAGACAGAAGCCAUAAGCACCAAUCAACAAGUGCUUAACACCGACAAAGAGGCCCUGUAUAUCAACAGAACGUGUGGAAAAACUUUUACAAACAAAUCUGACUGUAAAGAUACGUCAACUCAUGCAAUUCAGAAGCCUUUUGCCUGUUCUGAAUGUGGUAAACUAUUUCCUCUCAGAAAAGGUCUGCACAGACAUAAAAGGAUUCACACUGGAGAAAAAACCCACUGCUGUCCCGAGUGUGGCAAAAGAUUCCCCGAUAACAGUGCUCUUCAGCGGCAUGCACGAGUUCAUACUGGAGAGAAGCCCUACACCUGUGCAGAAUGCGGCAAAAGAUUUUCCCAUAACAACAGUCUUCAGAAUCAUAAAAAAAUACACUUGGGAGAAAAACCCUAUUGCUGUUCUGUGUGUGGUAAAGGAUUCUCAUUUUUAAGUAAUUUUUAUAGCCACUUCAGAAUUCACAGUGGAGAGAAGCCCUAUUGUUGUAGUGAAUGUGGCAAACGUUUUGCACGAAUAAACAAUCUUAGGACCCACACAAGAAUCCACACUCAAGAAAAGCCAUAUUGCUGUCCUGAAUGUGGUAAACGAUGUGCUAAUCGUAGCAACCUCCAAAGACAUAUGCAAGUGCAUACUGGAGAAAGGCCCUAUUCUUGUUUUGAAUGUGGCAAGCAGUUCUUUGAACGUAGUGGUCUUCAGCGGCACUCACGAAUUCAUACUGGAGAAAAACCUUUUUGCUGUUCUGAAUGUGGCAAACGAUUUUCUGACCGUAGCUCUCUCCAGACGCACACACGGAUUCAUACUGGGGAGAAGCCAUACUGCUGUUCCGAAUGUGGCAAACGGUUCUCUCACCAUGGCUCUUUUCGGCAGCACACACAAACUCAUACAGGCGAGAAGCCGUAUCACUGUUCUGAAUGUGGUAAACGAUUUUCACAAAAAUGUGGCCUUAAGUACCACUCAAAAAUUCACACUAGAGAGACGAGAAUCACAGCUGAGCUAGCUGUGGAGCAAAACAGCUGAAACUAUGUCGGCAUUGUGAGGUCAGCUGGUUAUCAAAAGAAAUUCCAGGGUUUCUCGUCUCUCUACCAAUUACCAUCGGUCUGUGCCGGCUGCAAAAGGAGAGAGAUAGAUACUUUAUUAAUCCCAAGGGGAAAUUCACAUACUCCAGCAGCAGUAUACGGAUAAAGAACAA